CCCAAAUCAGCCAUGCGUGUCCUAUUGGUGAUAGCCGUGCUCGUGGUCGCCGUGAGUGCUCAACAAUGCUCGGACAGCAACUGCCAACUGCCCAACUGCAGAUGUUUCAAUGACAGGACCACUCCUGGAAAAUUGCAGAAAAAUGACAUCCCGCAGAUCGUCAUGGUAUCCUUCGAGGGCACCGUCACGAAGACGAACGUCGAGUUCUACAAGGCGAUCCUACAGGAGACGAACCCCAACAACUGCGCGGGGCGGGGCACUUUCUUCAUCACGGACGAGGGCUCCGACUACUCAGUCAUCAAGGCGCUGUAUGAUGAUGGACACGAGGUGGGCAUCUCCUCCAUAAGGGGCACUGCACCGAAUUCAUCUACUGACUGGAUCAACGAAUUCAAAAAGGUGAAAUCCCAAUUGGAGUCAGUUGGAGUGAAAAGUGGCGAUAUAAACGGUGUUCGCGUCCCUCAACUGUCCAUCGGUAGCGAUAACCAAUUCAUUGGCAUGGGUAGCAACGGCUUAAACUACGACUCCUCGUGUUCCAACGCCGGUCUGUCGGAUGCCUCAACUAUGAUCUGGCCCUUCACUAUGGACUACAUGCCAACGGCCACCUGCGACAAUGGGGCGGCACCUACAUUGCCUUUCCCAGGUAAAUGGGAGGUGCUCAUCUCUGACUACCACGAUCUGAGCGGCGACAAGCUGCCCUGCGUCGUCCCGUCCGCCUGUCGUAACAUCACCACGAAAAGGGACGCCUUCGAUUUGUUCUUCGCAUCAUUUACGGACCACUACACCAACUUAAGGACCCCUUUUAACAUGCUGGUAGACCCCGCGUGGGCCUCGAACCCAGACCUCCGGGACGGCACCAUCGAGUUCCUGCAGUACGUCAGGGCCGCAUUCGGGAAUUCCGUGUGGAUCGUGCCAAUACAGAAAACUAUCCAAUGGAUCCAGAAUCCGACUCCAAUAGCUAACCUUACAACCUUUGCGCCAUGGGGAUGCAAAUAAUAUCAUCAUUAUGUGUAAAGAAAAGGGUACAAAUUAUAUACAAGAUGUUUGACUAGAUAACGCGAUAAGGGGCAUUUCCGGCUAGAGAUGUUUAGUCGAGCAUACAAUUGCUACGACAUUUGUUUAUUGACUAAGAAUACAAUUUGAAACAUUG